UCUUAAUACAUAAUAGCGGGUGUCACCAAAGCAAAAUGAGUGACAUCAUCGGGUUCACUAUUUCUUCCUCUGAGGAAUCAGAUUCAGAGGCUCCAUUUGCCCACCCGCAAUACACCGCAGAGGCUCCAGUUGCCCAAUCCGGCAUUAAGAGACCACGAGGGCGACCAAUAGGUGCAAAGAAAAAGACUAAGGUCAGAGAAAAGAGUUCAAUGAGAUUGAAAUCCCAGCAGAGAUCGGAAGAAGCCGCCUCGCCGACAUAUGAGAAGUUCAGCAAAGAGGAAAUGACCGCUUUGUUGGACUGUUUAAAAAAAUAUGGCACCAACCUGGAGGAACUUGUGAAGAUUCUUCCUGGCAGAUCAUACAGUGAGAUUGCUAAAUUUUUAGUAACAAGCGAAAGAAAAGGACGCGAGCAGAGAAAGACCAGAAAGUUUUCCGCUAGACUGAGUACCCUUACAAACUUGGAAAACUGGACAGCUGCCCUACACCAAACACAGAGCCCUUUCCUCAUGGAAGAACUCUCUAUGGCUUUAAACACCAUUGCGGAAUGUGAACCGCAUCCGCUCCCUGAAUUGUGCGAAGGGAUUGAUUUCAAGAAAAUGUACCAGUACCUUGCCCUAGUUACGUCAGGAAAUCCUCCAUGUGAUAUGCCCGCCGAAAACAUGGCCCUGUUGUCAGCCUCCUUGGACAUGGUUAGGCACCAUAGAACAGAGUUGCCUUUCACCAAAGCCUUGCAUAGGCAGAUCUCGGAAUUGAAAAGCAUUGACAUCAACAGUGCCAUGACACCCAAACCCAUCAAGACCUACAGCAGGAAAAACAAGCAGCCAGCAAAGGUUGAAGGUGAACUGAUCAAUGCGAGGCUGAAUCCUCUGAAGAUCAACGAAGAUCUGCUUACACUCAGUCGGGAUGAUGUUCUUCACCUUCCUAUGAGAAACGAGUAUAAAGAAAAGAUUCAUUGCGCCAAAGAGGGUAGCACUUUAUUUUUCCAACCAGACGGUACUCCUCUGGAAAGAGAAUUAGUUUUGAAUGCUCUUAGGCUGGAGGAAAGGCCUGUCAACACAAUUUACAGGUGCACUGGUGAGGACGUGUUCAUUUUCCUGCCUUUUUUGAAGAGAGAGAGCCUGCAGCAGGUGCACUUUUCAAGCAUCGUGGCGAACCCAAAGCCCCUGGCGGUAGUGUCUGUAGACGUAAAGGCCAAAAAGGACAGCACUCUAAUUACUUCCAUCGUUCCUGCCAGCAACUUGUCGAAUGAGGCGUCGCAGCCCAACGACGAAACCCAUGUGAUCAGCAUCGACAGCCACAGAGCCGCACACGGCAGACCCUAUCUUGUGCACAAGCUGCCUGUGGACCCUUCCGUCACUAACAUUCAGUAUUUCCCUAAACUCAUUUCUGGCACUAUAGAUUCUGCUAGUGAAAUGAGCUCACAAUCUGAAGAUGAUCAACCAAUUUUAUAAUAAACUAUAUGAAAAUACAGAAAUGGCCUGCACAUGAUCUCUCCUGCAGGGCUACCCUGA